CGGUCGGAAUUGUUCUUGCUAUUGAGGGCUGAUUGUAGUUAUUCCGGGUUGGCAAGACAAUAUCGAUUCUUCCGAAACCACCUGCAUUGCCGAACAACGUAAAUAAUCGUCUGCUUUAUGUGUUUCGUUGGUGUUAAAUUGCAAAAAACUAGCGGAAAAACAUGGAAUUGCAAUUAUCGCGAGUGGAUUAUACAGUGGCAGGAGUCACCAAUAAAAACUGCAUGAGAUUAUUGCCCCCUUCCACCAGUAAAGAGCCCCAAAAAGUUGCAAUCGCGGAUAGCGAAGGAAUCCUGCAGCUAUUUUCGGUUAGAAGAGACGACAUUCAAAUACAUUUUAAAACUCUGCCUGGUCCGCCAAUUACAUCGCUCAAAGUGGCUGGAGCUUCAGGAACGGCAAACGAUAAAAUAUUCAUAGCAGCGGGGAACGAAGUUAAAGGAUACACGAAGAAAGGAAAACUGUUCCUGGUAUUUGACUCUGGAAUGACGGAAACUAUCAAUUCCAUGUUUGUUUUGGGCAAUGAACUGUUCUUGUGUGGCCGGCACGUUUACAACCACUAUAGAGAUUGCAAAGACGUCGGCUCUUACCUAUGCGGAGACACUAUAGUGGACGUAAUCGCGUUUUACAUGACAAAGACCCGAAGAUUGACAUCCUUAAUUGCCUGCGAAGGGCGUAUGAUUAGGGUGUUGGAACAUGCAAGAGUAACUCUGAGUAUGGAAGUUGAAAGUUCGCCAACGGUGCUGCAUAUUUACGAAGACGACGAUUCGCGAACGGUUUUGUUUGGAACUGUCGAUGGAAAAGUGGGAAUUCUGGAUGUGGAAAGCCUCGGCGGUUUCCAACGUUGGCUAAUUUUGAACGACAAGAAUCUUUGCCCGAUUUUGUGCAUCCACAGCUACAAUAUGGCAGGAAAUGGUGACAAAAACCUGAUCCUUGGCAGGCAAGACGGCAACAUUGAAAUCUACUAUGUGAACGUUCACGACGAAAUGGACGCUUCUCACAUCAUUUUCCUGGAG